CGUCAUGGUCAUGUGACUGACGUGUUUUCUAGGGGAUUUCACACCGCCAUCUUGUUCCUCGUCAAGUUUACCAAGGAAGGACAGAAACGUUAGUUUUAUGAAGAAAAAAAACAUUUUUCUGAAGGGAAAGAUAGAUUAUAGAAAGUGAAAGGAUUGCCCCAGGCGUUGUACAGAUUUCCAUUUGCUAAAAUUCUGUAUGGACUCAGAGAUGGAGAGAGAGCCUCCUGACGGGGCCGGGGACAGCCUACUGCAGCCUACAAACAUGGACAAAAAUAAAGAAAUGUCUGGAGACAUAGCCACAACUUCAUGUACAUCUCUACAAAAGGACACAACAGGACAAAUUUGCAGUGUAGAGGAAUACCCAGUCUCAGCUAUGGACCAAAGUGACAAGACAAUGACUUUAGCUACAGCUAAGGAUACCAGGACUCUGCAAAACACUGAGACCAAGGAAGGAAGUAGAGAUAUAGUCAAGUACCCAGUACUUGUGCUGGACACUACAGAAAACAGUGCAGCCUUAGCAACAGCCAAAGACUUUGUUAAGGAUGACUUAGCCAUGUAUGGACCACAGAUGGAGGAGGGAGAAGACACUGAACCUGUAGAAGGAGAAGAGGACCACAUGUCUGAAUCCUUGAAUGCCAUUGCAAACCUAGAUGACGACUUGGAUGUAUCUGAGCAAAGUGAAAGUUAUGAGGAGCAAGAAGUUGCUGACUUAGACUCCACUGAGGUUGAAGCUGACCAAGACGAUGAAAAAGGGUUGCAGAAAGUAAAAGACGUUGAUGAUGACACUGCAGUUUUUGGAGCAGAGGGCCCAUCAGGGAAGCUGGGAAAAGACUACGCAGAAGAUGAAGAGGUCGUUGACCAGGAGGACGAUGACCUUAUGUUGCUAAAGGAAGCAGAAGAUAAAGUGAGGGAGUUACAGCAACAUCACAGAAACCACGCCCUUGUGGUCAGCAACCUUCAGGACGUGUCCACAACCCUACAGAGGAUCGCAGCGCGCCAAAUGAGAGGGGAACACCACUCCGGCUUGGACCCUGAAAACCUGGUCAUGCAGCUAAUGGACAGGGCCCACAAGAACGCUGCACAAUCUUGCAGCCAAUACAGUGAAGUGAUAAGACUUUACAUGGACCGUCUCCGUAGGGCAAAGGAAAAUGCCACACAGCUGUCAGAGCAUGCAGAAGGAGAACUGGAUGACAGGUCUGUAGUAUAUGUGGAGGACAGAGAGGAAGAAGCAAGUGGCAUUGAACGACCGACAUCCCUGCAUGUUAGCAAUGUGAGAGAUGUACAUGAUGAUAGUUUAUCAUCAGAGAGGACUCCAAACAGACAGAUCCAUACUGUCAGCCCAUCCCAGGUGAGACACUACUGUAAGAUGUGGGAACAGUUGAGAGAAGAUGGCAGGGUGCCGGAGGGAAGGGACGGGUUCUAUCUGGACAACAUUGCGUGGACCUGGGAUGACAUAGGGCGCGUUGGACAGGGCACGUUUGGAACAGUACAUCUAGGACAGCCUCAGCCCUACUUUGCAGUGAAGAAGGUGGACCUGAGUAAGUUUGAGGCAGAUGAGGUGGAGAUUCUGGCCCAGCUGGACCACUCUGCUGUAGUGAAACUCCUGGCUGUGGUCAGGGACAGCAACACCAUGCACAUCUGCACAGAGUAUCUGGGGGAUGAAGUAGUAGAGAGGGUGAUAAACGACAAUAAUGGAUUAGCAGAGCCUACAGCACUGUUCAUCACCAUACAGCUGUUAGAAGGGCUGGUGUAUCUGCACAACCUGGGGAUCGUUCACCGAGAUGUCAAGGCUGCCAAUGCCAUGUUGUGCAGAGUCAGUGAGACUGUUCCAGACAGGGUGCAGGUGAAACUGAUCGACUUUGGGUCGGCCAAGAGGAUUCCUAGAGGCCACAAGUGGGUCCAAGAUGAGGAGAGGGAACCUAAGGGAACCCCCACUCACAUGAGCCCUGAGAUGGCACGUGCCGAUGAACACAACUGUACCACCGACAUCUGGAGCCUGGGCUGUACCACUCUGCACAUGCUGACGGGGAGGCACCCCUGGCAGAAGUAUGCAGUCCGCAGCUUUCAACUUAUCUACCAGAUUGGAGCGUACCCUGAGAGAAUCCUGGAUGACAUCCCCCACACCACCCACGGGUCACUCAGAGAUCUCCUGCACCAGUGUUUCACACAGUGUCGGAAAGAACGUCCACAGGCUCAGGAUAUACUGGACCUGGCAUGGGAUGCUCACAAGCUAGUCUCUGAUCAACCUGCCCAAGACAAUGUCCCCUUCAGUAGUCUACAGCCCAGCAGUCUUAAGGCUUCUGUAGCUUCAUGUCUUGGUGCCCCCCCUUCUUCUUCAAGUGUACCCCUACCCCCACCUGGUGUCCCCCCUCCCCCUGCUCGUGCCCUUACCCCAGCCCUCCCGCCAGACAGUGCACAGUCCACCAAAGCCAGUACAGAAGUGUCCGAUCCCAGGGACUUGGACAAGAUGAGGAGACUUUUACAGGAACUGGAGAUGGAAGAUGAAACAGCAGUUGCUCCCACCACCCCUGUUGGGUCCUGCCAGGUUGAAGAGGAUGUGGUGAUGUCCUCCCAGAGUGGUACGGACCAGGCCCGACCGCUGGUGAAGAUGCCCAGUUUUGUCCCCACCAACGAGCUGUCCCAGAGUGUGGACAUGUACGGGACCUGGGGGCAGGGGGAGGUGGGGACAGACAGUCUGGGGCUGGGGCCGGAUAUGCCCAUGGCAAACUGGGAUCUUCCAGCCAAUGCCAAUCCCCUACUGGCUGCUCAGGACACUGAUCCAAUGCCAUCAGACAGGGUGACAACAGAUCCUCCUGAUGAGGUUGAAAGACUUACUCACCUUAUUAAAACUGAAAGCCAGGAAACUCCUACCAAACAUCCAUGUAAAUCAGUUCCAAAGACUCUCAGGUUAGACAUGGUUAGUGCACAGUCUGCAAAACCUGCAUCAGCUGCAAUGUCUCAGGUGUUAGAUACUGGUGACAGUGAACAAUCUACACCUGCAAAAUCUACUUCAACUGCAAUGCCACAGAUGUUAGAUACAAGUGCUCGUGAUAGGGUACAAUCUACCACUGCAAAACCUAUUUCAACUGCAAUGACACAAAUGUUAAACACAGAUCCUAGUGGUAGUGUGCAAUCUACACCUGCAAAGCCUACGUCACCUGAAAUGACACAGGUGUUAGACACAGAUCCUAGUGAUAUUGUACAUUCCACCCCUGCAAAACAUAGGCCAACUGCAAUGACACAAAUAUUAGACACAUGUGCUAGCAAUAGUUUACAAUCUACACCUGCAAAAUCUGCAUCAACUGCAAUGCUACAGAUGUCAGACGCAGAUCCUAGUGAUAUUGUACAUUCCACCCCUACAAAAUCUGCACCAACUGCAGUAACACAGAUGUUAGACACAGGUGCCAGCAAUACUGUACAGUCUAGCUUUGUGAAGGACAACACAGAUGCAACAGCUUCAGACAGACAGGAACUUCAAGACACUAGGCCAAGAAGUGCAUCUCGAGGAAUCAGUCGUUUAGCCUGUACAUUCACAAAUCUGAAUGUACCAAAACAGUGAUUCAGGUAAAAAAUACUGUCAAAAGUACAAUGUAGUAAUGGAGUAAACCCAUACACAAUGUAGCUGAUUUGUGUACAGCGUAUAGAUCUAUUUCUGACAUUGUGUGUAUCAGUGCCUUGUUAAAUUAUCUUUUGAAUUGCAUUUUUCCCUAAAGGUCCAAAUUUUAGCUAAAGAAAUCUAUCCAAACAACAGUGAAAUGUGUACCACAGAAAAUUGAAAUGUUUGAUAUAAGUUUACUGUACAAACCUUUCACAAUGACUUUUGAAAUUGUUGUAGGGACAAAAUACAACACAUGGAUGAUCACUGAAUGGCAAUUUACAAUUUAACAUAUAGAUAAAGUAUCUUGAAUUAUAUGAAUGGAUGCACCAUCACAAUGUGCUUCAUGUUAUGAAGUUUGUAUAUUACUACAGAAAGUAGUUGGUGCCAUAUAGUUUAUGCAGAUAUUAUCAUGCUAAUGAAAUAUGUCAUAGUGACAGAUUUUGGUCCCAGAUUUUAAUGUAUAUUUCUACAUGUGAAAAUGACGUUUUAAGAAUUUUUCAAUGUACUUUUAUUUGAUAUCUGUGAUAUUGUGUA